AUGAAAGCCACCGCCGCCAUUUCAUCUAACGAAUACCAUCCUCCAACGACCCCCACCAACAAACGAUUUCAAACCACCGUCCACCACUCGCAGGCAAAGAAAAUGCUCAAGGCGUUCCUCGGCAAGAAAAUCGGCAUGACCCAGGUGUUCAACGACGCCGGCCAGGUGGUGCCCGUAACCGUGAUUGAGGCCGGCCCCUGCGCCGUCACCCAGAUCCGCACCACGGAGAAUGACGGCCACCAAUCGGUCCAGUUGGGAUUUGGACGGGUGCGCAAGCCCAACAAGCCUGACGCGGGUCACCUGCGAGGCAGCCAGAUCGGCCGCCGCCUCGAAGAGGUGCGCGCUGACGACACCGGCGAGUACGAGGUGGGCCAGUUGUUUUCGGUGGACAUCUUUGAGCCGGGCGAAAUUGUUGACGUCAUUGGCAAGUCCAAGGGUAAAGGGUUCGCCGGCACCAUGAAACGCCACGGCUUUCACGGCGGUCCCCGCACCCACGGCCAAUCGGACCGGCAGCGGGCUCCGGGUUCCAUUGGGGGCGGCACCACGCCGGGCAAGGUCUUCAAGGGACUGAAAAUGUCCGGUCACAUGGGUAACCGCCGGGUGACCAGCAAGGGGUUGGAAGUGGUCCGGGUGGACGCCGAACGGAACCUGUUGAUGGUCAAGGGCGGCAUCCCCGGCGCUCCGAACAGCCCGGUAACGAUUCGAAAGACAGGCAAGAGCAGGGCGUAA